CAAGACAGUUGUGUUAGAUAACCCGGAAGUAAAAGUAAAUAUAUCAAAAUAAAGGACAACAGUAGUUAAUUACAUGCAGUUUAAUAUUGUGCAUUUAUCCAUGUGCACAGCAAAAGUCACGUUUAAUGAGCAAAUUUUUGAUGCAUUACAUUUGGUAAUAUACUUUAACCUAAGUCAUUAUUGUGUGUGCAGUAGGCAAUGUGAGUAUAUUUAAACGUUUGCAGAUUCACUAUAUGAAACUCUGUUGUCUGUAUAGAUACUGUAUCUGGAACCAGCAACAAAUAACUGCUCAAACACUGCCCUUUCAUUUUUCCUCAAGGCAGUGGAAAAAUUUGGCUGGCCUUCCAGGGUCAGGGGCGAUGAAAGGCGUUGAAAAUGUUGCAAUUGCUGAAACCAUGUUCAGUGUUAAAGGCACUGGAAGAGGGAGCUUCAUCGCUGGGCGAAGCGUACACAACCAAAGGAUUGAACGCCUAUGGCAAGAUGUCUGGACCUCUGUCACUCAUCUGUACUAUGAAGUUCUUCACAGUCUAGAAGAAGAUGGCCUGUUGGAUUUGUCAGAUGCUGUCCAUCUGUUUUGUGCCCAUUAUGUGUUCCUUCCGCGUCUGACAGAGGCCCUUCACACAUUCACAGAAGGCUGGGACAACCAUCCCUUACGAUCUGAAGGUGGACUCACCCCUAACCAACUCUGGGUUAUGGGUCACAUGCAGAACCCUUGUGACGCAGAUGAAGAUUUGCAGAACAUGGAGCUGUAUGGAACUGACUGGGAGAUGUUUGAUGGUGUGCCUGAAGAACCUUAUGGAGUUGAAGUCCCAGAAAUUGAGUGCCCGCUGACUCCAGCUAGUAUGGAAACUGUACAGUCCAUGAUCGAUCCCUCUGCAUCGUCAGAAUCAUUUGGCAGAGACAUUUAUAUAUCAGUGGUUCAGUGCAUUGAAAGUCUAUGUGUGACACAAAGAAACACCUAAGAUAUAAGCAGUCCUUACAAAAGAUUUAAUGGAAUGAAGUUGAACAUUUGCAAACUGACUGCCAGUUACAAAAGGCUUGCUUUGACAUUACUUGAUUUUAUCAUGGGAGUAACAGUGAGGUAAAAAACUAACUCCUUAUUCAUUUUGGUUUUAAAGUGAACCAUUAAUAACAGCAAAACAAUGGUUUUGUAACAAUGAAUAAAGUUAUUCACAGAAACAAGAAAAUGUCAAAUAAAAUGCCAAUAAAACAAAACAAUUCAAUGCCUAUUUUGACUUAUGCAGUUACUUGU